AUGGACCUGUACCAAAUCGGCUGUGUUGUAGAACCUUGGGUCAAUCUCACAACGCCAAUAGGGCGCGGUGCACAUCGCCUGGCAAAACAAGAAGAAGAUGAUACAGACUCCGAUUGCUCCUCCUCCAGAUCCUCGAACGAGGAGUGCAAAAGGCGGGGAAGGCCUUCAGGCAACCCAGAAGAAUCCCCUGAUUGGUCUCAAACAUACGUGAACAAGCUUGUUCAACACGAGAUCGAUGCCAACCUCCGCGACUAUCCAUCGCUCGACGCCGACACGCAGCAGGCCAUCAACCUCAAGUUCCAAAAUCUACAUCAACGCGUCAGAGCGGAAGGGUACUAUGAGUGCCACCUUGGUGAGUACGCUAAAGAGGUCAGCCGUUAUGCACUCUUGUUUGCCUGCUUCUACCUUAGCCUGCGGGCGGGCUGGUUCUUGGUCUCAGCAGCAUUUCUUGGAUUGUUCUGGCAUCAGAUAAUGUUCACUGCGCACGAUGCAGGGCACCGAGGCAUCACCCAUUCCAUGUUCACCGACACUCUAGUCGGGUUGUUUAUUGCCGACUUCUGCUGUGGCCUCUCUAUGGGCUGGUGGAAGAGCAGUCACAAUGUCCAUCACCUAGUCACGAAUCAUCCAGAACAUGAUCCGGAUAUUCAGAACGUCCCUCUCUUCUCCACUUGCCCGUCCUUCAUCAAAUCGGUGCACUCGACCUACUACGACUUCACCUUCGCAUGGGACGCAUUUGCCAACAUUGCCGUCCAGUACCAAAAGUACACUUACUACCCGGUAAUGGCCGUCGCCCGCUUCAACCUCUACGCGCUCUCAGUCCACCACCUGUACAAUGCGCCUAAGCAGAAAAGCCGCCUCACAUCGUGGGUGCGUCCGACCGAGGUCGCCUUUAUCGCCUGCUACUGGUUCUGGUUCGGCUACCUGAUUGUCUGGCGCACCCUCCCCACCUGGCCAAUUCGUAUCGCCUUUGUCCUGAUCUCCCACCUCAUCACCAUGCCCUUGCACGUGCAAAUCACCCUCUCACACUGGGGCAUGCCGACGGCGGACCUCGGCGUCGCCGAGUCCUUUCCCCAGCACCAGCUGCGCACCACCAUGGACGUCGACUGCCCCCAGUGGCUGGACUUUAUCCACGGCGGCCUGCAGUUCCAGGCCGUGCACCACUUGUUCCCACAAGUACCGCGGCAUAACCUGCGCAGACUGCAGGUGUUGGUCAGGGAAUUCUGUGCGGAGACGGGGAUCAAGUAUAGUAUCAGGGGGUUUGUGGACGGGAACAAGGAAGUGCUUGGGCGGCUGGGCGAGCUGGGAAAGCAGGUUGAGAUGAUGGUUGCGUGCCAGCAGCAUAUGGCGAGAACGGGGGAGAGUGGACUACACUGA